UCACUUGCAUGAUUCUUGAUGACAUCACAGAUUCCACAGUGCCUCUAGACUGGUAAAACGGCAAGGCAUAUAGGCGCACUCUUCAGAAGUCUACCUCCAGUUUUUCUUGGUUUGGUAACUUGGGCUCUUUUUUUCGGGAGUCGGGAGUGUUUUUUUUCCCUGCCAGGACGCUGGUUCUUGUCUAGUCUAGUGGCUAACCUAUCAAGGCUAACCUUCCACGAACUGGAAUACAGUGCAUUUUUACCCAUAAUUUCACCCACUGGUAAAGCUCCAUUGUCGGCAGCUCCCGGUUCUCUUCUCUGGCGGGAGGUUAGCAGAAGGCAUAGGGUUGUGGAGGUAUGACUGCGUUGGCUGGGGCAAUACCAAGGAUGAUGCGCCCCAUGCUGGCGCAGAACUACCCCCACAGUGGCUUCCCACUGGAAGUCUCUACCCCGUUAGGCCAAGGCAGAAUGAACCAGCUCGGGGGAGUUUUCAUAAAUGGCAGACCUUUGCCCAACCAUAUCCGCCAUAAGAUCGUCGAAAUGGCCCACCAUGGCAUCAGGCCAUGCGUAAUCUCCCGUCAGCUCCGCGUCUCUCACGGUUGCGUUUCUAAAAUCCUCUGCCGGUACCAGGAGACCGGCUCUAUUCGGCCCGGGGCCAUCGGGGGAAGCAAACCCAAGCAGGGGACGACGCCUGAUGUUGAGAAGAGAAUAGAGGAGUACAAGCGGGACAACCCGGGUAUGUUUAGCUGGGAGAUUCGGGAUAAAUUACUGAUGGAUGGGAUAUGUGACCGGAACACCGUUCCAUCAGUGAGCUCUAUCAGUCGCAUCAUGAGGAGUAAAUUCGGAGGGAAGGGAGAUGACGAUGAUGAUGAAGAUGAAAUCGAGAAAAAGGAAUUAGAAGAACACGAACGGCGGGCCAAACACAGCAUCGAGGGCAUCUUAGGAGACCGAUCGAGCCACUCAGAUGAGGGGUCGGACGUGGAGUCUGAACCAGACCUGCCUCUGAAGAGGAAGCAGCGCCGCAGUAGAACCACCUUCACUGCCGAACAGCUGGAUGAGCUGGAGAGAGCCUUUGAACGAACACACUACCCUGACAUCUACACCAGGGAAGAGCUGGCUCAGAGGGCCAAACUCACAGAGGCCAGAGUUCAGGUGUGGUUCAGUAACAGAAGAGCUCGGUGGAGGAAGCAGGCUGGAGCUAGUCAGCUCAUGGCCUUCAAUCACCUGAUCCCUGGGGGCUUCCCGCCCUCUGCCAUGUCCAGUCUCUCACCUUAUCAGCUGUCUGAGAGCCCGUAUCCCCCUACAUCCAUAUCACAAGUGGUGUCGGAGCAGGCCAGCACGCUGCACCGGCCCCAGCCCCUGCCCCCGUCCUCAGGCCACCACCAGAGCUCAGGAGGGGGAGGACAGGAUGGGGGGUCUGCCUACUGCCUGGCCUCUGGACGCCACAGCUUCUCAGGCUACUCCGACAGCUUCGUCACGUCAGGAGGCCCUCCCAUGAACCCUGCCAUCAGCAAUGGCCUCUCUUCACAGGUGAUGGGUCUGUUGAACCCAGGUGGGGUGCCCCACCAGCCCCAGAGUGACUAUGCCCUCUCCCCCCUGACAGGAGGCCUGGAGCCCCCCGGGGGCAUGGGGGCCAGCUGCUCCCAGCGUCUGGAGCACAUCAAGGGUCUGGAGGGCCUGUCCAGUGUCCCCAACAUCCCCAGUCUCCCCUCACUGCCCAACUCCCAGUCCUACUGCCCGUCCUCCUACAGCGCUCCUGCCUACAACGUGGACCCUGUGGCCUCCUACCAGUAUGGGCAGUACCACGGACAAAGUAAGGUGCCCUUCAUUAUCUGAGACCUGAGAUCACCUGAGGAUCUGCCCCUCUAAGUGACCACCCACCACCUCCACCUCUGACCCAGCCCAGUCUCCACCUCUGACCCAACCCAGUCUCCACCUCUGACCCAACCCAGUCUCCACCUCUGACCCAGCCCAGUCUCCACCUCUGACCCAGCCCAGUCUCCACCUCUGGCCCAGCCCAGUCUCCACCUCUGGCCCAGCCCAGUCUCCACCUCUGACCCAGCCCAGUCUCCACCUCUGACCCAGCCCAGUCUCCACCUCUGGCCCAGCCCAGUCUCCACCUCUGGCCCAGCCCAGUCUCCACCUCUGGCCCAGCCCAGUCUCCACCUCUGACCCAGCCCAGUCUCCACCUCUGUCCCAGCCCAGUCUCCACCUUUGGUCCAACCCAGUCUCCACCUCUGGCCCAGCCCAGUCUCCACCUCUGACCCAGCCCAGUCUCCAUCUCCGGCCCGGCCCAGUCUCCACCUCUGACCCAGCCCAGUCUCGGUUGAGAGACGCCUGUACUGCAUAUGUUGAGACUGAUGGGGCUCUUUAUGUAAUCUAUUCCCUCAACAGUGAUCUGUUCCUUCACACUUGAUGAAAAUAAUGGAAGAGAGAUUAUAGCUAAAAUGACAUUGAUAGAGAGGAAUUUAAGGCCAAAACAAAGAAACUUCGAUUCAUGUCUGUUGAUGAAUGACAGAGAUGCCACUAGGUACAUUCCCUUGCCUGUGAUGUGGUCUACCCCACAUUGGGCGCCAACUUUGACCAGGAGGAUCAUGGAGGACUAGUCCACAUAGACCCACAGCACAGCCCAGGAGCAGAGGCCUGGUUGGGGUAAAAAAAUCCUCAAGUCAGGUCUGUGGAAGAGCACAGCCAGACUGUAUAGUAACAGACUUACUAGCGGCCUUAAAGCUGUGAGUCUGUUGACAUGUUUGCCGUAGGGCCAAAUGAAUACAGAUUCAUUCUAUUUAUCUCUGAAUGAAAGCUACUUGAUGGAAAAAAUAACAGGCUUUUCUUGUGGAUUUAUUUGACGUUGCAUUUAUUUGAUAUGUUUUGUCCCAGAAGAUUCCUUCCCACACAGAGUGGAAUGAACACAAUAUUCCAACCAUAGAUUGAGGAACAACAAACAAACAAACAAACUUGUAAAAAAGACAUAUACCAUUCAAAGAGGAAGCUUUGACAUAUCAUCAUAAACAGACCUGUAAUGUAUACUACAGCUGUUCCGUUCCCUUCAUUAUGAUAAAUGCUCAGUGUUUUUGAACAAUCUGUUGAACUCUCACUGUGUUCUGUUGAUAACUCUGAUCUCCUGUAGCUUUAGAGGGAUUCCUAGGGGUCAGGGGUGACUUCUGGGAAAGUCCCAGGUGAAGGAGGAGGAGGAGGAGGAGGAGGGAGGGGGGACUCAGGGGUUCUGAUGGGCGACAGGGCUGAUCCUUCCAGGGGUGCAGUUCCCCCUCAUAGAGACCUGUUAGGUCACGAGACUCAUGACCAAGAGACACAUGAGAAACCAGGACCACCUCACCACAGACCAACCCAGCUGACCAGAAGUGCAAUAUCACGUACCUUAGAGUCGACGACGCCAUCAAACAGAUGAAUCAAAUUUAGAUCUUGUGUCUUAAGAACAUUCUGUAUAAACAUUUGAAUCACGUUUGAGUAUGUCCCUAUGGAGGCUUCCAGGUCCAAAACAAAGAAGCAACAGCAACAACAACCACCAACAUCGUCAGUACUGCUAUAAUAGCAAAGCCACAGGGAAAGGUGGGACGCACAUUGUGAACCAUUGAAGUCAUUCCAAGUCCAUGUGGAGCAGAUUGAUUCAAGGGAAAAAAUAAGUAAACAAAAAAACUUAUGAAGAAUUACAAAUUCAAAUCAUUUGUUGUUUUUUUGGUCUUUUGCCUUUUGGUUUUUCUUGUUGCAAAAACAGAAAGAUCAAUAGUGUGGUGUUUUCGUCAUUUCCUUAUUUAUUCUCUCUAAAGUAUCGAAGCAUUUCUGCAACAUUAUUCUUAAACUUUCUUCAAUGUUUUAGUCAAGUUACUACAUCACAUAUCUUAUAGGAACAACGUGUCCGUCUGUUCACUAAAUGGUAGCUGAAUGUCUCAACAGAUCCAAACUUUGCUACAAGCACUCAGCGGUCAUUUGUACAUUUGUCUGUAACAGAAAGAAAAGUGUUUUUUCUUUCCAAUGGGUUCCUUAAUUUUUAUAUGUUUUUCUGUAUUUUUUGACAGAAUGAUAUGACACAAUGUCUUGUGUACAAGCACAGUAUUAUUACUA